AUGGAUUCUUACGUAGCUGCACUUGAAGCCAAGCUUGCCGAAGCAACUGGCAUCAAAAUCAACCAGAUGGCCAAUGCUGCUUCCGAAGGCGCUGCUAUCUCUGAGCAGACCGACUUUAUCAAGAACAUCGUUAUCAGCGAUGGUAAAGCGCAAGCCGGAAUCCGAAACCCUCUGAUCGCCAAGGUCCUCGGCUCGAUCAAGGCAGAAACAGGCCAAGAUCUAAAGUACGAGCUGCCAAAGCUUGGCUAUGAAUACGGUCAACUCGAGCCAACUAUCUGCGAAGAGAUCAUGCGAAUCCAUCACUCAAAGCACCACAAUGGUUACGUUACUAACCUCAACGCCGCUGUCGAAAAGCUUGCUGCUGCUGAACGCGCUGGGGACGUCAACGCGAUGAACCAGCUUUCUGAGGCUAUCAACUUCAAUGGCGGAGGACAUAUUAACCACACUAUCUUCUGGACUAACAUGGCUCCUAAUGGCGGUGGCCUCCCAACUGGCGAGCUCGCCGACCAGAUCAAUACUGACUUCGGUUCGUUUGAAGCUUUCAAGAAAGAAAUGUGCGCCAAGUCAGCUGCUGUCAAAGGAUCUGGCUGGGGAUGGCUCGGCUGGAAUAAGACUGCUUCCAAAUUGCAGGUCGCUACCUGCCAGAACCAAGACCCACUCGAGGCUACGACUGGAUUAAUUCCUCUUCUCGGCAUCGACGUUUGGGAGCACGCCUACUACAUCCAGUACAAAAAUCUCCGUGCUCAGUACGUUGAGAAGAUCUUCGAUGUCUUCAACUGGAACAACGUCGCUGAGCGAUUUGCUAAAGCCAAAAAGUAA